AUAUACUCAUUCCCUCCCGCUCACAGCACAGAUAGAGAGAGAGAGAGAGAGAGAGAGAGAGAGAGAGAGAGAGAGAGAGAGCUUUACUAGAGUCUAGAGGGUGAGGAUGGGGGUGGCGCCGGCGGUGGGCGUGGCGGCGAGCCUGUGCUGCGUAGGGGCGUGCGCCCUGGCGCUCUACCUCUACCGCAUCCUCUGGCUGGCGCCGGAGAGGGUCCGCCGCGCGCUGAGGAGGCAGGGGAUCCGCGGGCCGCCGCCGUCCUUUCCCUACGGCAACCUCGCCGACAUGAGGCAGGCCGCCGCCGCCGCCAAACGGACACGCGACGCCGGCGACGUCGUGCACGACUACCGCUCCGCCGUGUUUCCCUUCUACGAGAAGUGGAGGAACGAGUACGGCCCGGUGUUCACCUACUCCGUGGGCAACAUGGUGUUCCUGCACGCCAGCGACCCGGCCGUGGUCCGCGACGUGUGCCUCUCCGUCUCGCCCGACGAGCUCGGCAAGAGCUCCUACAUGAAGGUCACGCACCACCCGCUCUUCGGCGACGGCAUCCUCAAGUCCAACGGCGACGCCUGGGCACGCCAGCGGAAGCUCAUCGCCCCCGAGUUCUUCCCCGAAAAGGUCAAGGGUAUGGUGGAUCUUAUGGUGGACUCGGCGCGGGCGCUGGUGCGGUCGUGGGAAGCCAGGGUGGCCGGGACCGACGGCGGCGUGUUGGAGCUUACGGUCGACGACGACUUGAGGGCCUACUCCGGGGACGUGAUCUCCCGGACGUGCUUCGGGAGCAGCUACGUCAAGGGCAAGAGGAUCUUCGCCAUGAUCAGGGAGCUCCAGAAGACGGUGUCCAGGCCGAACCUGCUCGCCGAGAUGACCGGGUUCAGGUUCCUGCCCACGAGGAGCAACAGCGAGGCGUGGAGGCUCAACCGGCGCGUGCGGCGGCUCAUACUGGACGUCGUGAGGGAGAGCGGCGAGGCGGACGGCGGGAACAACCUGCUCAACGCCAUGCUCCGCAGCGGCCAGGCCGAGGCCGGCGUCGGCGUCGCGGCGGCCGAGGACUUCGUCGUCGAUAACUGCAAGAACAUAUACUUCGCCGGGUACGAGACCACGGCCGUGACGGCGGCCUGGUGCAUGAUGCUCCUGGCUCUCCACCCGGAGUGGCAGCGCCGGGUGAGGGACGAGGCGAGGGAAGCCCUCGCCGGCGGCGCCGCGCCGGACUUGUCGUCGCUCCAGAAAAUGAAGCAGCUGACGAUGGUCAUCCAUGAGACUCUGCGGCUAUACCCGGCGGGCUCGGUGGUGUCGCGCCAGGCGCUGCGGGAGCUCACCCUCGGCGGCGUGCGCGUGCCCGGAGGCGUCAACAUCUACGUGCCGGUGUCGACGGUGCACCUGGACGCGGAGCUAUGGGGCUCCGACGCGCGGGAGUUCGACCCGGAGCGGUUCGCGGCGAGGCCGCAGCUGCACUCGUACCUGCCGUUCGGCGCCGGGGCGCGCACCUGCCUCGGCCAGGGCUUCGCCAUGGCCGAGCUCAAGGUGCUGCUCUCGCUCCUGCUCUUCAGGUUCGAGGCCGCUCUGUCGCCAGACUACCUACACUCGCCGGUGCUUAGGCUCACCGUGGAACCGGAGCACGGCGUGCGGCUCGUGCUGAGGAGCGUCCGCCCCGACGGCUCGUCUUAAGUGGGCCGGAAGUUGUAGACGUGGAUGUUGAUUGUUUGCCAUUGCGGUGGUUCCUCAAUAGAGAUUGCAACCUUUCUCCCUCAAAUAAACGUAUAGAAGAAGAGGGGGCCUGCUACGCGUCGGCCGGCGGAUCUUUUUAAAAGAUCCGCCGUCUCGACAGUCGUUGGAUCAGUGGUCGAUCGCUGUUUUCAUAAUUGCAACAAAGGUGGUGUUGCAGAAUUCUUUUGCAACAGAGGCCUUUGUUGCAGAAACUUUUACAAAAGGUUGUAUUGCAGAAUUUUGUUUGCCUCAUUUUUUUUGCAACAUAGGUGCUGUUGCGGAAGGACUUUCGCAAUAAGAAUGAUGUUGCAGAAUUUUUUCGCCACGAGGAUAGGGAUUAG